CAGUUUUUUUUUUUUUUAAAUCGAAUUUGACUCGAAGAGAAUUUUUUAAUAAAUUCAACCUUUUCAAAAAUAACACCAAAAUUAAAAAUUGAAUUUUUCCAGCUUUUUUCCUAUUUUUUUUUUUUUUUUUUUUUUAAUUAAUUUGAUUAAUUGAACAAAAUAUUUCAAACGUUCAAAAAAAAUUCAAAUUUCUUGUGAAAGUGUGUUUUCAAAUUUUGAAAGACAAGAAAAGGAAAAAAAUGAUAAAAAACAUGGUUUAAAAAUAGAUAAUUCACUUCAGUACAAAAGGCUGCUCUUACUCUUACUCUGCUCUUUUGAAAGCCCUGAAAAAUCAUACUCUUUCCUACUCUUAUCUUAUACUUUACUCUUGCAGCCCUGAGAAUAAUGGGGUUUGAACUUCGAGAAAACAAAAAAACUUUGGAACAUUGUUAGAUAUUUAAAUUCUAAAUGAUUUUAUUUCAAAAAAAAAAAAAAAAAAAAAAAAAUAGAGAUCAAUCGAAAAAUAGGAUUUUGGAUCCAUAAUAAAUUUUCAAUAUGAUAAAUUUCAUUUUCGAAUUUAAUUUAUUUAUUUUCAAUCUGAAAUUAUUACAUAAAUUAAAAAUAAAGUCAUCUAAAAAAAAAUCAAAGGCCAACUAAGAUCAUUUUUUUUUCAAUUGAGCUAAGCUAAAAUGGAAUAUCAAAUAUUUCACUUCCUUUUUCGAUUACAUUACAUAUAUCUAAUUUAUUCCUUUUCGGUAGAAUUAGAGUCGGCCAUAACGAAAUUCAUUUAAUUCAAAAUUUAUUAUAAAGACAAAAUUGAAAAUUUACAAAUUUAAUAAAAUUCAAAAGUUGAACUUGAACAACGGUUACAGAGUCGAAAAUUGGCAACAGCUGUAAUAUGCAAUAUGCAUGCUGAUAGCCAAGCACGUGGCAGUCACAUUUUUGAUUUUCGACAGGUGUGAUCUGGUGUGAUAAAAAUUUCACUGUUCAUCAUUCAUCAACAACAACAAAUUUUAGAAAAACUGUGAAAAACCAAAAAAUCUCCUUAAGAGUGGAAUUGCUUUGCUGUGCUUUCAAAAAGUACUUACGUUAUGCGAAGUAAUGCGAAGAAGGUAAUCUACAUAUACAAAAGCUGUGACUGUUGUAUCUAUUACAGCCAUGAACAAACGCGAUGACGUUGAUUUAGUUUCUCUAAGAAGUUAUUUGUCUGCAGUGCUUCCGAUAUUCUUCGAUCAAACAGACAUAGAUAUUCUGGAUCGACUUCGAGCUGUUCCUUUCCCUUUGAACCCCAUGAACUAUUUCAAAUUCGUGGUUUUUGCUUGGUUACGAAAUGAGAAGUUGACGGUUACUUGUGGAGAUAUCGAAUUAAAUGAUCAAAACGUGAUGGUUGACAAAAAGUGGAUGCAUAGUGAAAAUUUUAUAGUGAUAUUUACUAGUGAAAAUCCAAAUAUUCCCUCUCGAGAAAUGGAACUCAAUUUUAGGAACACGAUUUUUCAAGAGUUUGUUGUCGAAGUCCGAGUGCCUGGAGGAAGAUUUGAAGUCGUUAGUAGUCAAUCAGAUAUUCCUCAUUUUGAUCCGGAUUCUUCGGAGAACUUACGUAUCAUUAGUGUUAUUACUAACAACCUUAAAGUCAUCCACGAUGAUGUGUAUUGUUUUAGGAUUGAGGUUUAUCGCAGCGGCCGAGAGGUUUAUCCCCUAUCCAAUCGCGAGAGUUCUGGUAGCAACUAGCAAUCAAUCACGUCGAAUGGGCGAUUUAUGGUGAUGAAAUGAUAGAAAAUUCGAAUUGGAAGAUUCUGAAUUCUGAUACAUCAUUCCAUAUACCUAAUAUUUUAUUACAGAAAAAAAUGCUCGAGUACUUUACCUUCUUUGGGCGAAACAGUGGAAAUAUUUUAUUGUAGGAUGAUUCAGAACUUCUCAUGUAGAACUCUUUCUGGAAAAAAAGUUUCCCCUUCAGUCUCACCAAAAAAUCUGUGUACUUUUUAUUAUUUUAAUAUGAUUAUAAGAUAGUGUAACAUACCUUAUAUCGCGAAUGUCCUAUCAUUUUUUUUAAAAAAUAAUCCUGUUAUCAUAAACACCUAUAUGUUUUAUAUCCGUCUUAUUAGACUGUGAUUUUUAUAUGUAUUUUGUGAACAUUUUGUAUUGAUAGAUAUUGAAUCGAUGUGAUAUAACAAGAAUCAAGAAUACAUAUAUGGUAAAAAUGA